AUGGCGGAUUACAUGCAGGCGCGUGUCACGGAAGGCCACCCACUCGACACCGAGGAGCGAGAUAUGCUCUCGGCCGCCUUUAAGAACGCCCUGACGGAGCGACGCAUGGCGGUGCGCAUUGCCGUGCAGGUGCAUGCACAGGAGCUGGAGGAAGGACGGGUGGAACAGGCCAAUUUGGCGGAUGGCUAUAAGACCCGGGUGGAGAAUGAAUUGCAGUCAAUUUGCAAGAAGGUCUUGCAACUCCUGGAAACCGUGUUGCUGCCAAAUGCAGAGCCAGGGGAAGCAAAGACCUUUUAUUUGAAGAUGCAGGGAGACUACUGCCGUUACAUGGCCGAGUUCACCUUCGCGGAGACCUUCCAGCGCUACAGUGCCGAGGCGCAAAGCGCCUACGCCAGCGGCAUGGCGGAGGCAGAGCUGCUGCAUCAGGUGCACCCGGUGCGAUUGGGCCUGGCUUUGAACUUCUCAGUCUUCCAGCACGAGGUGUUGCGGAACACAUCACAGGCCAUUGCGAUUGCCACAUCCACACUGGAAAGCGCCAGUCGGCAUUUGGAUGAAGUGCCAGAAGAGACCAGGAGAUGCAGGGAAAGUGGCAGAAACGCGCGUUUGGAGUUGCUGGUGUGGCUUGUGUUCAGCGAGGCCCUUCUACGGAAGAUGCGCGAGGCUGAGAGCCGGCGUCGCCCCGAGCCCGAGCUGCCGAGGAUGGCCAUGCGGCCGCCCAUGAUGGGUGCACCCAUGAUGGGCGCACACAUGGGUCCCAUGAUGGGCGGCAAGGGGAUGCCAAUGGCACCCAAAGGGCCACCGACCCUUGGCGGGUACUUGCCCACUCAGCCUCAGUCGGACAGUCAGCCUUCGGCCAACAGUCAGGCAGCACCGGGACCGGUCCUGGGACCGGUCAAGGGUGGCAAGGUGAUCCCCUGCAGGUUCCACUUGAAGACUCCAGGGCUUUGCAAGAAUGGAGAUGCUUGCCCCUUCUCUCACGACCCCACGGUGAUCGCUGCAGCGUUGGGGAGGUCGGGUCCAUCCCCCAUGAUGAGUCCCAAUGCGCCCGCGUAUAAAACGACGAUGUGUCGCUACUUCGAGAUAGGGCAGUGCGCCCGUGGCGCCAGCUGCAGCUACGCCCAUGGGACAAACGAACUGCGUGUAGCCCUCACAGCUGCGCAGCAGAACGCAGGUGGCGUCAAACGCUCCUUCUCUGAGGCCUUCAGAUGA